UAAGCACACCGAGCUCGCGCGCAGUCACAGCACCCUUCUGUUCUCCCAAGAAACCCCUCGGCGGAGCGACGACGACGAUGCUUCUCCAAACUUCUGUUCACCACCGUACCGUCUCUCUCCCCUCAUCAGUUUCUUAUUCUCGUAAAUUUCUGCCUCCAAUCCAAUCUCAGCCCUUUUUCCAUAAUGUGAAUUAUCGGCGGCUUCGUCUUUCUGUAACUUGUUCUAUCUCCCAAGUCCAUAGCUAUGGAACUGUAGACUUCGAGAGGAGGCCUAUGGUUAAAUGGAACGCUAUUUACAGGAGGAUAUCGCUGAUGGAGAAUCCCGAGUUGGGUUCUGCGAGUGUGCUGAACCAGUGGGAGAAUGAGGGCAAGAACCUUACGAAAUGGGAGCUUUCUCGGGUCGUUAAGGAGUUAAGAAAGUACAAGCGAUUUGAGAGGGCUUUGGAGAUAUAUGAUUGGAUGAGCAAUAGAGAAGAGAGGUUUAGAUUAACAACGAGUGAUGCUGCAAUUCAAUUGGAUCUUAUAUCGAAAGUCCGUGGCAUUAAAAGUGCUGAAGACUACUUCCUUAGGCUGCCAGAUAAUUUGAAGGACAGGAGGAUAUAUGGGGCUCUUCUGAAUGCGUAUGCAAAAGCAAGACAGAGAGAAAAAGCAGAAAAUUUACUUGCAAAAAUGAGAACCAAAGGCUAUGCAACUCACCCGCUUCCAUUCAAUGUAAUGAUGACUCUCUACAUGAACGUUAAAGAGUAUGAGAAAGUUGAUUCAUUAGUGUCAGAAAUGACAGAAAAGAGCAUUCAACUUGACAUAUAUUCCUACAACAUUUGGCUAUCAUCUUGUGGGUUACAAGGAUCUACUGAUAAGAUGGAAGAAGUAUAUGAACAGAUGAAACAAGACAAGACCAUCAAUGCCAAUUGGACUACAUUCAGCACAAUGGCAACGAUGUAUAUUAAGAUGGGACUGAUAGAAAAAGCUGAAGAAUGCUUGAGAAAGGUUGAAAGUAGGAUUGUAGGCCGUGAUCGAAUACCGUACCAUUAUCUGAUAAGUCUGUACGGUAGUGUUGGUAAUAAAGAAGAAAUGUAUCGGGUGUGGAACAUUUACAAGAACGUUUUCCCCACAAUUCCAAAUUUGGGAUACCAUGCAAUAAUUUCUGCUCUAAUCAGGGUAGGUGAUGUUGAAGGUGCUGAAAAAAUUUACGAGGAAUGGCUAACCGUUAAAGCAACCUACGACCCACGAAUCGCUAAUCUUUUCAUAGGGUGGUAUGUUAAGGAAGCCAACAUGAGCAAAGCUGAAGGCUUCUUCGAUCACAUGGUUGAAGUUGGGGGAAAGCCAAAUUCAAGUACAUGGGAGAUUCUUGCCGACGGACAUACUAAAGAGGGUCGGGUUUCUGAUGCUUUAGCUAGUUGGAAAGAAGCCUUUUCUUCCGAGGGUUCAAAGAGUUGGAGGCCAAAGCCCUAUAAUGUGUUGGCUUACUUCGACCUCUGUGAGAAAGAAGGAGACAUUGCCAGCAAGGAGGUUCUAGUUGGAUUCCUGAGGCAGCCUAAAUAUCUUCAAGACAAAUCAUAUGCAUCACUCAUUGGUUUGUUAGAUGAGACAAUUGAUAACGAUGAAGUCUCAGAGAAAGGUAGUAGUAUAAACGAUGAAAUCGAUAAAACCGAGUACGAGUCUGAUGAUUCUGAGAUGCUUCUCAAGUUGUGACAGAAUCGGUGAUAUUGUCAUUUAUGGUUUCUCGGAUUCGUGAUUAGAAGUUUGGCAACAAUGUUUUAUCUGUGAGUCGUCAUCCCAGCCCCGGUCCCGAGGGUUGAGAAUGCUCAUCAGUGGUUGGUUCACUCUUCAAUCACUAAGGGUGAAAGCAAUUUGGAAUCUUUCUUUGGGGUUUAGGAGUUGGGUAAAGUAGAAAGCUAUACUCAACGGAGGUAUGUCUAUUUAUUUUACACUUUCAGCUUUCUCUGUCUCUUCUCCAUAAUUAGAUCUUUCUAUGAAUUUUGAAUGUAAUUUUCAUAGGUAGAAGUCUGGGAUAUACUAAAUAGGGUAGAAAUUUUGUUGCAAUUCCUUCAAUUUCCUAAUGCUACUUCUUGUUCUAAAAGAAUUCAUCAAAACAACAAAUGGCUCGAUACGCUGUUGGUUAUCAGUUCUAACAAAAAUUCGUACGUCGUAAAA